CCCACCCCCACCUCCCGCACAAAAACCAGUUCCCCCUCCCCUGAUCCAAACCACCACCUACCUUCCACCUACUGCAGCGCCGCCGCACGCCCCGCACCGUCCACCUUCUACCGGCGCCGUUGCCGGAUCCCCUUCUUCCUCCUUCCCAUGCUCCACCCCCAAAUUAGCGGACCUUUCUUCUGCCCCCUCUCCUCCCAAGCCGCCCAUGGCGCCGCCCUACCAACAUCCUUCCCAACCACUCCCGCUAGAGCAGCUCCACCGGCGGUGGAACCAGCAACCGCACCCCGUGCUGUCCCUCCUCCCCCGCCCUUCUCCUCCAUUAGCAGCGAUCCCAUGCUCGGGCUCGGCUGGAUCCGCUCAUCGACGCGCCACCUGCAGCCCCCCGAUUGUGGAUCCGCCUGCGAUGGGUGCUGCCGCCCAUGGAUCCAGUCGCCGGCGCAUGCCCUUGAGCAAAGCUCUGGAUCGAGGCGCAAAACGCGGGCGCCGAGGAGGUCCCACCCACCGCAGCCCCAGCUGCGCCCCUGGUCGACGCACCACAGUGCCUCCGCGACCCGAUCCACUGCCACCCCGCGCGACACCGCGCUCCUCACCUCGGCUAGCCAGAGGACCUCUGCUCCUUUGUCCAGCGCCGACCAUGGAGGUGUCGAGGCCAGUGCGCCCAUGAAGUUCGUGCAGUUCGUGAAAGUGUACGGCAACGACCACACCCCAGUUCAUGGUGGUGCUUGAGAACGGGACUGCUCCCUCGACGGCUGUUCAGCUCUAUGCUCUGCAGCCUGCUGCAAGCACGACAAGGUGAGCAUUUCGUGACCGCCGUAGUGCAGCUCACACGCCAUGUGGUUUGCAGCCCAGAAUUCCUUCUAUGCUUUCAAAUUUUGUUUUUUGCUGCAGGCAUCCCACCGGUGGCGCUGCCAUCCAAUUUAGGUAGUGCUCUUGCGCAGCUCCCAGUCCACCUCGAUGCCGUCCACACUGCAGGGAAGAUCAGGCAAGGACAGGGGCAUCACCGGCUAGUCAGCCAUAGGCUCGUUCUCCACCUCUCUCGAGUGGACAUCAUCGUGCAGCUCGGCUACAAGACGCAUGCAGUUAACAACGGGAGAGAUAGCUGUGAGACUGUCGUAUGCUAGCGGUGCAGUGCGCCUCCACAAGUAGUUCUGUCGGUGUGUGCCCUUUUAAAACUGCAGUGCAGUUUAAUUUUUUCAGAUUAUUGAUCGACAAAAUGCAGUUUUGGCGCAGCAAAGUUCUUUUUCUUUUUUGCUACGGAAGUAACGUAUUCUUGCGAACGCAGCUCAAUUGCUCAUUGGUGUGCCCCGACACUUCACUGUGAAUCUUCUGUUGAAAUUCACUCUGCAUAUUUUUUUCCCUUUA